UAGCGUUCUAUAAAUUACCCCCGAUUGGCCUCAAUGUACAGGGGGCGCCACAUGCACAUGUAUAAACCACCCGUAGAAUCUGUAGCGUGAAGAAGGCGUGGACCGUAGCGAGCAAAGCACCGAAGCCUGUGAAAUAACCGCAAGAACCUGAAAAAUGUCUGAAGCAUUCGUAAAAGCUGCUGAAGAUGCCAAGAACCUGCCCAACAGGCCAUCAGAUGAUGACUUGUUGGUGCUGUAUGGGCUGUACAAACAAGCUACAGUUGGGGACGUUAAUACAGCGAAACCUGGUAUGAUGGAUUUUAAAGGAAAGGCGAAAUGGAAUGCUUGGGAAAAAGUCAAAGGGACAUCAACAGCAGAUGCAGAAACAAAGUAUAUUGCAAAAGUAGAGAGUCUUAAAGGUUAAAGCAAUCUUAGGAGCAGAAGAAAAUCCUGAACAACAUGCUGACAGAAUUAACAUUUUGCAGGAGGAUGAUCUGGACUAUAAGAGAACAAACUAAUCUGGACGAGACAUUGCUCAAAAGUGAUUAUUUGUGAUUCCUGAGUAAUUUAUAAAUAUUUUAAAGUGUUGUUAUGUGAUUUUCAUGUAAAUUUAUCGUCUUUUAGGAGAAUUAAAUUAUUGAUUUUAAACCUACAUCAAAUGAUACAAAGUAUAUUAUGAAAUGUAUACCAGAAACCAAACUUUUCACACUUAAAUCCUUCACAUUAUUGUCCAUUUUUAGUAGUAAUUCAGAAUUUGAAAUAUUACAGACCAAUGAUGACGUGUGACUUUAAAUUCGCUUUUAAAGUAUAGUAAUGAUUAUAAAAUUGAAAUAUUGUACAAGUAAUUUGAAGAUUGGGAUUAGACCAAAUCUAUUUCAGCAUUGUGACAAGUAAAACAAAUUUACCAUGAUAAUAGCCAUUGUUCCAUGACCAAGUCUGCUUUUAUGUGAAAUAGGUUGUUUCAGUAUUAUGAUUUAUAUACUGUGUGUUUUUUCACUUUUAAAUCUUUUAUAUCUAUACUUGGCAUUUGAAUUUUUUUACUAAUGUUAUACUAAGCUACAGUUUUGUCUUUAUGUUGAAAAUCGAUUGUAAAAUGAAAGUACAUCAAUAAUCUGAACAAGGUUGGUACUUAAAUCAUUAUUUGGAGCCAGUUCAAAAAUGUUUCCCGAAGGUUGAAGUGUUUUGACAAUAUUUUUUUUAUCUGUUCUUAUACAUAUUGAUAAACCAGGUUUGCUGUUCACUAUACAUUUGAUGUUGAGUCAUUAUUUAUCACUAUGCUUAAUUCAUGAAUCAUUUAUUUAUUAUAAUGACAUAAUUAUGAGCAACUUCAAGCAGUUUGUGUGUAUUGUCUUUUGGAUCACAUACUUGAUCAAAUUUGUUGUCAGAUUAAAUAAAAAAAGUGGUUGAGUAUGAAAAAA